AUGCCAAAAAGUAGUCCUUGGAGUGAAAAAGAAAAAGAGUUGUGUGAUUGGCUCAUUGCGAGUUUGAUGUUAGGAGGACAUGGAAAGCUUUGGCACAAAUAUGAGACGGCAAUAUCAACAUUGAUGACAGAAAUUCAUCUCUCCGGAAGAUAUGAGGACUUUGACAGGUCUUAUAAUCGUGAGAAGAUAAAUAAUCAUAGGUUUAGACACUUUAAGCCAAAAUAUGGUGUCCCACGCCAAGUGCCAACAAGGCCUGAUUGGCUUCCAAUCGAGUUCCAGUCGCUCGGAAACGAUGGCUUCAGCUGUGAAGAUAUUGAGAGAUGUGCGAAUUUAUUGCGCAAUGCCUCGAAUCUUGACGAGCUGUCGCAAGUUGAAACAAAUGCAAUGAGAAAAUGGGAUGUCGAAAAGUCUCCUCAGAUUACGGAAUCUACUUCCACUCAUCCAGCCGACGGACAGAUCCAGAGAUCACCUAAUACAACACACCAACGCGGAAGGUCAUAUAAGCCGCCACCAUAUGCCCGAACAUUCAGUAAUAGUGGUGUCGCCUUUGAUUUUGCCCCGCCGGCUUCAGCUGCUGAAAUGGCAAAUCCGUUCAAGGUAAACCCUUCAACAAAAUCCCCUCCGCCGUUAAGUCAUUAUAUGGGUCGACAUUCAUCUUCCGUCGCAUCCACAAACUUUGGCCAUACGUACACGAGCAAUCAUGCGCAGCAGCUCGAGAGCACUUUUGAAAAUAAAGAAACCGCUGCUACAAAAAGCAUAGGGAAAGAAUAUGCUGCUGGAGGCAUAAACAGCAGUGUUUUUAGGGAAAACUCGUCUUCCAGAAUACCAUCCCUGGCACCAUCAAACUCUCAGAACGUUACACAGGAUCCUGCAACACAAGCGUACGGCUUCCAACCGGUCAAUCCUUCAAGUUCUUCCGGCGCAAGUCUGUCAUACACAAGCGGCUCUUAUACUAUUCAAAAUCAACCUUCCGCUUCCAUCGAACAGUCCAGCAAUACUCAGAACAUUGCAAACAACUCUCCUUUAGCAACCAAUAUUCCUCGAGCGAGUCCGAAUUAUGCCGAAUUAGACAGUGAAAAAAGCGUUUUAAAUUCAGUGUACAAACCUCCGACGACCUACAAUUCGGCUGGUGGGGAUAGUUGAUUUUUCAAUUUUGUAUCGAAGAAUGAGUACCUAUCUUCUGAGACGCAGCGACUUCGAACUUCUAUUAAUGGCAUAUCAAAUACUGGAUGGUUUGGGUUUGGGAGCGGAAAUGAUUAGCGCCGUGAAAAUUAUAUUACAAUGCUAGAUGCCAUUCCAUUUAUAACACAUUCUUCCCAAAUAUCAAUGACCUGCCCGGGUGCUGUUUGAUGAUUUGAAAGUUUAGCCCUAUGGGGUAAGAGCACUAGUAAAGAAAUGAAUCUUAUCGGCACAGAAUAUGAUAUUGUAAUGAAAUUCGCAAAAUUACUUGUAUUAGGUAGCUGAAGAGAAACGAGCUCGAGGACUCUGAUCUCGCCUAUAUGUGUGCUGACUCAGCAUAAUCCCGCUGACAAACCAAAUGAUAACCUCCUUGUCUUACAACAUCUCAUCGUAUGUAUCAACCUCAUCCCACAUCCAUCUCUCAUUCUUGGCAGGCAACAUAAUGUUAGGCGCGAAAAGGUUUUCCCAUCUCCUCGAAGCCUCAGAAGAUUUCGGACGUUUCUUGCCGGCCUGGUUUGAAAUUUU